UCACGUUGCAUUUUCUGUCCACUCUGUCUGUCAGACAAGACUGAAUAAAAUCCAAAGAUUUGAAUGAUGUACCAGAAAAGCUCAUGUGUGGUGCAGCUGUUUGAAAUUCCACUCUGAAAAAAAAAAAAAAAAACCCACACACUUCCUCAGACUGAAGGUGAAACUAAAGCGGACUGAAAGAGGAAAUUAAACACAAAACCAAAACUAACCAGUCUGAAUCAGAUAAAGUGCUGAUAGAUCAGGAUUGAGUUACAGGUGUUCUCCCAGAGCUGCGAGAUUAGAAUCUUUAAGUAUUUUGGACAUUACUGGGAGGUGUGACCUGUGCUUCCAGCAUUUUGAGCUUCAUCUCUGGAGACGGACUCAGCUGUGCUCUCUUAUCUCCAGAAACAAUCAGCAGAUUUACACUGGGUAAACUCGCUCUUUGUUGGUGCAUCAUGAGUUAGCAGAAUAAUCCCCAAACUUUUUUUUUCUCCUCCCCAGAUAUGGGAGACACUCGGGGUGAAAAAACACACACCUGUGGGACAAUUUGUCUUAAAUAUCUUCUUUUUCUCUUCAAUAUCUUGUUCUGGCUGGCAGGGGGGGCCGUGCUGGCAGUGGGAGUCUGGACUCUGGUGGAAAAGAGCGACUACAUCAGUUUGCUGAACUCCAGCUUCUACUCGGCCUCGGCUUACAUCCUGAUCGCCGCUGGACUCAUCGUGAUAGUGACUGGGAUAAUCGGAUGCUGCGCCACUCUGAAAGAGAUGAAGAGUCUUUUGAUUGUGUAUUUGGUGUUGCUGCUCUGUAUCUUCCUGAUGGAAAUCAUUGCUGGAGUUCUGGCCUAUGUUACAUACCAAGAGUGUUUUCCUUUCUGCUAUCAGCUGGAUGAGGAGCUCAGGCAGAACCUAAAGGUGACCAUGCAGCAGAAAUACCAGCAGGAAGGAGAAGAGAGCAUCACGCAGGCUGUGGACAGACUGCAGCAGGAGUUUAAGUGUUGUGGGAGCCAGAACUCCUCAGACUGGAGCGACAGUGUGUGGAUUCAGAGAGAGGACAACGUGAGGUUUGUCCCCGACAGCUGCUGUAAAACUCCCAGUGAGCUGUGCGGCCGCAGGGACCAUCCGUCCAACAUCUACAAGGUGGAGGGUGGUUGCAUCAUGAAAUUAGAAGAGUUCAUCCUGAGCCAGUUGUAUAUUCUCGGCGCAGUCGCUAUUGGGAUCGCAUUCCUACAGCUUGUGGGGAUGAUGUUCACUUGCUGCCUAUAUCAGAAUUUGCGAGACGAUCCGUACUGACUUUGGACUUUCUUGAAUACCACAAAUUGUGGCACAUAAUGAACUGUAUCACGUUCCAUGCAGUCUUUUAAUGUCCAGUGAUGUUUCCUCAGCCUGAUGGUGGAGCGAAGUUAUUGCUUCAAAUGACAAGAAGAUGGUUUUCAAACGUUACACACUGGAGACAGUGUGAUGCUGCUGGGCAGUGAUUUUAUUUCUUUCUCCAAAAUUCCAUUGUAUGCAUCGUGUGAAAAAUGGAAAACACUUCAUGCUUUUUAACAAAGAAACAAACGUUUUUACGUACAAGAGUAUUUUCUUUUUAAAGAACAUUUCACUAUUGAAUGAAUGUUAAAAUAGAAUUUUUCUCAGACACACUGAGUUGCCUGUUAGAUUUUGUCUAGAGGGAAUAGGCCAAUGUGUAUUUGUCUGAAGUGCUAUUGCUGUCUCUUCACUCUUAAACCACACACACAAACACACACACACACACACACACGGUCUUGAUUCACUGUUUUUCACAGACAUAUAUUUUUAUAUUUUUGAAACUUUCCUGAGUUUAUGGAAGCUAUGCUAUAAACUCUUCUAAAGUUAUUUUUUAAUGGCACGGCAUUUUGAAACUAAUAUUAAAGGUAACUUUCUACCAAUAUUGUAUUUUCAGCCACAAUUAACUGGUAGCUAUAAAAGUAAAGGAAGAUGCACAUAGUCUAUAUUUACAUUUAGUAUUUUUAAUUAAAAUGUUUGUUUUGUUAAAUAAAUGCCAUUAUACACUUGCAGACUGAAUUAUGAAUGACUUGAUAUAUACAGUAUCUACAUAUAUUUAUAGGAAGGAAGAAAAAUCAACAUGAACAUUUGUUUUAUUUUUUUAUACAUCAUAAAGAGUAUAAAUAGAGGAUUUAAUCAUGUAGAUCAGAAUUUGCAAAUGUGUGCUCGAAUACAAAUAAACGCUGCUG